AUGACCGAUUAUCGCCUUCAUCAACCUCAGCCUCCUCCUGCGCGGAAGCCGGUCCCUGGAAUGCGUACCAGCAGUGCGUUCCAGUCCUACGAUGGACACCACCAACAACUUUCCCCUCACCCUUCAGCUGCCUCCCUUGCCCACAGUCGUAGUCGGACAUCUUCCUCGCACGUGCUACCAUAUGUGUCUCACCAGCAGCCAUAUUCCGGUGGGCCAUCCCCCCAUCAUUCCAUGACCACCCCCCCCAAUUAUGCUCCCUCGAGGCGGUUAUCCAGUGCGACUACAUCCACAAGCUCGACCGGCAACGCUGCGGGCUCUCACCCCGCGACUUCGGAUAUCCGCCGAAGCACCUCCUCCCGUUCCGCCAAUGCGCAGUUGGGCUACGUCGCCCUGAUGCGAAGGCAGAAGGCAACCGUCUGGUGUGACCGGGCACAGCCGGAAGACCCUCGAAUCCGGGCCCAGAAACUUGCCGAUAAAAAGAGGGCAUACCUCGAAGUUCACGGCGCUGGGGCCGGCCGCAGUAGCACCCUUGCAAGUGGGAAGAACAAGUAUGGUGCGAAAGGAGCCACGGACUUCUCGCCAUCAACACUGGUUGGAGCUACAGUUCCCGUUCGACUCAGUGCCAACGAGGUGGGUGAUGCCGACGAGGAUGCUCGCAGUGACAAUGGAUUCCCCUACCGCCGCACUGGGAGCGGUCGUAGUUCUUUGGGAAGCAAUCAUCGAUACCCCAGUGGCUACCAGCGGACACCACCCCAGGGGACGAUGGGAGGCAACUCGACUCCACCCAACGAGAAGACGGAUCUGCCUGGCGUAUCAGAGCAUCCUCCUGCGGAGACCAACGAGGAAGAGAAGGACGCCGCUUCCGGUAGAGACGACGCCGCUACCACCCACAGCCGAACCAGCGAACAAGAAGACAAUUUUGGCAGCGUGGGAGACAUGGGAGCACCCAGCGCAGCCACCACUGCCGCCGAAAAGGCUAAGAGGGCGGACGAGUUGAGACGGCGAGGCAGUGUGGACGAUCGAACGACAUCAAUGACUAAUGUCCGACUGUUCGUCGCGAAUCCUGAUUUGAGUGAUUAG